GGCUUGCAUUUGCUAUUUUAUUUAUUUCAAUAUUUGGAUGCAGUUUGUUGAAACUGAGAUGGGAGCAAAAGUGAAUGCUAAACUUGUUGAUAGGAUGGGGGGCUUUGUUCCUAUGCAAAUGGUGAUCAAAGGUGCUUUUGAGCUUAUCAGUGAUGAGAGCAAAGCUUCCUCUUGUCUUUGGAUUACAAAUCGUAGGGGCAUGGAGUAUUGGCCCACUCCUGAAGAAGAAAAAAAAUACUUAGUUGGUUCUUCACCUUCCAAGAAAAGGUUGUUGUUUCAAGGUCCAGUGAAACUACAACUUCCUCAGAGUUUUGAGAAAAUAGUUGUCCAUACCUUGGACCACAAUUUCCGCAAAGCUACCCGUGUUGUAUGCACACCACUGCAAUUACCCAUCGGACCACAUCAAGUUCUAGUGAAAAUAAUUUAUGCUGGUGUAAAUGCUAGUGAUGUAAACUUCAGCUCUGGACGAUAUUUCACUGGUAACAAAAAUGACAUUAGUUCCCGACUUCCAUUUGAUGCUGGUUUCGAGGCAGUGGGAAUAAUUGCAGCACUGGGAGAAUCUGUUCGUGACUUGAAAAUUGGUACUCCAGCUGCAAUUAUGACUUUUGGAAGUUAUGCUGAAUUCACAGUGGUUCCAGCAAAACACAUCCUUCCUGUGCCAAGACCAGAUCCUGAAGUUGUUGCCAUGCUUACUUCAGGAUUAACAGCUUCAAUUGCUCUAGAAAAGGCUGGACAGAUGGAAACUAGAAAAGUAGUUCUUGUCACUGCUGCUGCAGGAGGGACUGGGCAAUUUGCUGUCCAGCUUGCAAAGUUGGCAGGAAAUAAAGUAGUUGCAACCUGUGGAGGUAAGGAAAAGGCAAUGCUGUUGAAAGAACUGGGAGUUGAUCGAGUCAUAGACUAUAAAGCUGAAAAUAUAAAAACUGUUCUAAAGGAGGAGUUUCCUAAAGGUGUUGACAUCAUAUAUGAGUCUGUUGGAGGUGACAUGUUUGACCUGUGUCUGAAUGCUUUAGCAGUCCACGGGCGACUUAUUGUAAUUGGAAUGAUUUCCCAGUAUCAAGGAGAGCAUGGAUGGAGGCCAUCAAAUUAUACUGGGCUCUGUGAGAAGAUUUUAGCAAAAAGUCAAACUGUGGCUGGAUUUUUCUUAGUCCAAUAUGGUCACUUAUGGCAACAGCAUCUGGACAGACUAUUUAAUCUUUUCUCUACAGGAAAGCUUAAGGUUUCUGUCGACCCAAAAAGAUUUAAUGGUGUCCGAGCUGUUGCAGAUGCUGUCGAGUAUCUUCACUCUGGUAAAAGCGUUGGCAAGGUGGUUGUAUGUAUUGAUCCAACCUUCAGCGAACAAACCGCAAAACUAUGACCAUUUGUUGUGAGCGAGUCUGAAGAGGUUUGUCAAAGAUUGCUGCAGUCGAUCUACACAGAAAGCAACCAUGUGAAGGAGGAAAAAUGAAAUUGAAGAAAGAAAUAAAAAGAACAUGAGAAUAUUGAUUGUACUGAUUCCUGGACACCAACUUACUUUGAGGUUUUAUGCUAGUUAUCAAACAGCUGGUAAUUUUCUUUUAAAGCAAAAUAGCAUUUGAUAUGAAUGCACCUGGUGCAGUAGAAAUCGGAUUUACAGAGUAAUGGGUUACACAUUAAUGUGAAAGAAUGUACUACACCAUCAAAAGACUAAACUACAUCACAUCAGCUCUAUGCAUCAUCAUAAUCUAAACAAUUGACACAAAUAAAGUGUAUUAGUGUUACUUUAAAAA